GAGGGGUCAAAUUGGAGAACUCUUGAACGUCAAAUGUUAUCCUGAUUUCGUGCCCAGGUACACUGAAAUUCCCAAUCAAAGAUUGGGGAUUCUUUGCUUUUCGACCAAAUUUUCAAAAAGAAGAACACGAAAGGCAAAUUGGAAGAGAUGGAUUGGUGGGUUUCUAUGCCAAAGGUGGAAUUACAUGCCCAUCUUAAUGGGUCCAUUAGAAAUUCAACUCUACUAGAACUUGCUAGAGAUAUGGGCGAAAAGGGCACCAUUGUGUUUUCUGAUUUCGAACAUGUUAUCAAGAAAAAUGAUCGAUCAUUGCGUGAAGUGUUCAAGUUGUUUGAUCUGAUCCAUAUUGUUACUACUGACCACAAAACAAUUACAAGAAUCACUAAAGAAGUUGUUGAAGAUUUUGCAGCUGAGAAUGUGGUUUAUUUGGAGUUAAGAACAACUCCGAAGAGGAAUGAUUCAAUAGGUAUGAGCAAGCGGUCAUACAUGGAAGCCGUUGUGGAGGGUUUAAGAUCUGUGAGUAGUAGUCUCGACAUCAACUUUGCGUGUGAUUAUCCCGAGAAAUCUUCUGCUACAGCGGAAAAGAAGAUAUAUGUUAGACUUCUACUCAGCAUUGAUCGUCGUGAAUCUACUGCAGCUGCAAUGGAAACCGUUAAUCUUGCUUUGGAAAUGAGGGACAUGGGUGUUAUUGGUAUCGACCUUUCUGGCAAUCCGACCAUUGGUGAAUGGGCGACAUUUUUCCCGGCUUUGAAGUUUGCUAGAGAACAAGGACUUCAUAUUACUCUCCAUUGUGGCGAGGUACCUAAUCCAGUUGAAAUCCAAGCGAUGCUCCACUUUCUUCCUGGAAGAAUUGGGCAUGCAUGUUGCUUUCAAGAUGAAGAAUGGAAGAAACUGAAAUCGUCCAAAAUCCCGGUUGAAAUAUGUUUGACAUCCAACAUCCAAACCGAGACAAUUUCUUCCAUGGAUGUUCAUCAUUUUGCCGAGCUUUACAAGGCAAAGCAUCCCAUAGUCCUUUGCACGGACGACUCAGGGGUAUUCUCCACGAAUCUUUCUAAUGAAUAUGCCCUUGCUGCUAAUACUUUCGGUCUUGGAAAAGCAGAAUUGUUUGAACUAGCAAAACGAGCAGUCAAUUUCAUAUAUGCUGGAAACAGGGUAAAGAUGGAACUAAUUGAGGUUUUCGAAUCAGCUGGUAGGACACUAGAGUACAACUAAAACAGCACAAGGUACAAGUAGAUAGGUAUUUAUGAUGUUGCUAUGCAUUCUUUCUGGAAGACAAUGGUGAGAUUUCGAAGUCUUCAUUUGUAAUUGAGGGAAACUCAUGAGAAGAAUUAUAAGUAGUAGGUGUUAAUUGCAAUCAUGUCCACUUAAUUGGUAGAAGGGCCAUCAAGUCAAGAAGACUCUAAGGGUGAAAACAAUAGUCAAAGUGUAUCCUUUGAACGAAUAUACAAGCAAAAACAUCAAUUAAGCGUUGCAUGACCAUAUGAAUGAAGGUAAUGGUAUUACUAGUUAU